CAGUUCCAGUCGGUGCAACGUUGGAACCGGAUCCUGACCGUAACCAACAAAUUUCAUCGCGAAUAUCGCAGUGAACUUCUGAAACGAUCUGAGCCACUUUUUGGCUGGUUGGUUUUUAAAAUCACAUAACUGUCAAAAAUUAAUCUCCCAUCACAUCGGAUUGAAUAAAAUAUUCGUAACGGCUAAGGGAUUACCAUGUGGGGAGGAGGAAGGCCAUAGUGAUGAAAGCAGGUGCUGUUUGCCGUUUGAGAAAUGACCUCGUGCGAUAGCGGAAUGAUUCAUUGACUUUCAACAGGUUCAAAUGGUUUGUGCGGUGUGCUCUUUCCAUGUGGGUGGACACGUACCUGCGUACGUAUGAAUGUGUGUAUGUGUGAGUGCUUAGGUAAGUGUGCGGUGCGGGUGCUUUGGUAAGAUUAAAAAUAAAAUGCUUCAAAGAUAACUGAUAUUAAUAAUGUGCUGCAUUAGUGAUGUGUGCAUUUACAAUUCGCCAAAGGUGUUAAUAAUUCAAAAGUUAUGGUGCUGUUGUGGCUGAAUAAAACAUUGACACAGCGAAGGCUUUAUUUGCAGUUCACAAUCUCGGCGUAAGAUCGCAUUCAUUUGGUGCUCGGAAUGUAGGCGAUCGCCGAAUUAUAAAGAUAUCCUGGGAAUUGCGCCCAUGCCGAAUUAAUUCGGAAUAACGAUUCAACUUUCGUUCCGAAGAUUAUGCGAUAUUAUCAGAAUGAUUAAGAAUAUAAUUAACUCAAAAGGAUAAUCCUGAAAGGAGCGACAACAACAAACAACAAAAAAGUUCAACUUCAACGCGUCGUGGAAGCUGAUUCAAUCAACUGGUAGAAGAGCAGCGGCAAUUGUCACCAGGAAGAAAAUCCAACUGGUGAUGAUCAUAAGAAAAAAGAAAGACCGUGCACUGAAAAGUUGUCCACCGACCGACCGACCGACAGUCCGCCGAGAUCGUUAAAGUGAAAUAAUAGUACCCCGGCAGAAGGACAGCGAGUUCCCGAGUGUGCAAGAAGAAGCAGAAGAACCAGAAAUAAAAAUCAAGUGAAAAUAUUUAUAUGAUUUUAAUGAGAAUCAAGAUAAGAAAUAAUAGUUGGGAAAUAAUAAAUAAAGGCAAACAUUAGCUAUCGAGAGGUCUCGCGUUUUCCCGUAUAAGUGCCACUGUGAGCCCAGUGAUUCCGGCGUGAAGUGACUGUGAGUGCUAUCAAGAAUGGUCGCACAUUUGCGCCACCAGUGAGUCAAAGGAGCAGACAGUCGUCGCCUUUUGAGCGGCAAUCGUGAAGAAAGAAGAAAUACUGAGCAAAAAAAAAUAGCGGGGCAAAUAGGUGGUUAUUUUCGGUACACCGCCGCGAAUAGGAACAGUGUCGGGAGGUGCGCCACUUACGCGUUCAAUUCUCCGCCAGAGUGGGUGACUCUGUUUGUAUUGUCACCUGCCAUCGUCUACCGUCUACCGUCUUCUCCACGGAGUGUGAUGCCGGCAAAACUGGGAACGUUCCACUGUUCCCAUCGGGAAACCACGCGCAAACAGCUGAAAUGAAGUAUAUUUCGCAAAAAUUGAAAUUUAUUUAGGUAGAUAAAAAGAAGUGCGACCGAAGGAAACGGAAAAAUAGAAAAUUAUUUAUAAAUAAUAGCCGCGUGAAAGCAUUCGCCUGCAGUUGCGGGGAAAACCAGGAGAAGAAAAAGGCUUGUGCUGUGUUUUGAAUUGAAAAAGACGGAGAAGAAAAGUGGUGGCUGGCUAUUCAAUUUCCUAGAUUUGUCAGAUUUGAUUUUGACAUCCGCAAACAUAAGACCAAUAGAUGAAAUUAAUAAUAAAACAAGUUUGUCUCUCAGUGACCAACAGUAAAUCGAACGGUGAAGAUAAAGAGUAAAGUGCAUACAUGUGAUAGAAAAUUCCGCACUCUUUAGAACCAGCAAAGUGACAAUCGAGAACUAGCUUCCUGAUCGUUCCGUGUUCACGGCUUACUGUGCCAGUGUUAGAAAAGUUUUGCAUCGUGAAAAGAUAUACUAGUCAUUCAGUGCAGGUUAAGAAUAUCCGAUCAAAAGGUGCUGCAGUUUGUGCUCCCUCUCAAUUCGAGAACACUGUUUACUUUGGUACUGGUAGAGUUUGUUUUUUUUUUUGUUUUCUUUUCCACCCCCCCAACGAUUCUUGUUGCUGAAGAACCAGCAGCGAGUCCAUAAAAAGCCGUCAAACUGGCCGCCUCAAUAGCAAUGAACCCGCACUAUCAUCCGUACUCGGAUCUGGGCUCGUCGCCCCAUUCGCCCAGUCCGGACAACAACAACUACCCGCAGCUGACGCCACACCACAACGGUCACGGCGGGGGGCCCGGGGGCGGUGCCGGCAAUCCGAUGGGGGUCAGUCAGAUGGACAGCCAGGCGGGCUUCCACGGUAUGAACAACGGCAAGGGACCGGUGCACUGUGCGGGAUGUGGAGUCAAAAUCACCGAACGAUUCUUCCUUAACGCCCUCGACCGGUUUUGGCACAACUCCUGUCUAAAAUGCUCCUGCUGCGGUGCCAUGUUGGCGGACAUCGGCUCGAGUUGUUACACCCGCAGUGGAAUGAUCCUUUGUAAAGCGGACUAUUUAAGAUUAUUCGGCUCCGGAGCCUGUUCAGCCUGCCAUCAGACGAUACCCGCCAACGAGUUCGUGAUGCGUACCACCUCGCACACCACGAUAAACAAUAACCUGAACAACGCCAACAACCAGAACGGGGCGGGUAACAACAACAAUAACGGCCAGGGAGCGCCUCAACUGCACGUGUUCCACCUGAAAUGUUUCCAGUGUUCCAAGUGCGGCUGUCGGCUGGUGCAAGGUGACCGCUACUACAUGCUGGGGGGCAGUUUAGUGUGCGAACAGGACUGGCACAAGCUGGUGAAGAGUUCGAACGCCCAGGCGAACCCACCGUUGCGCAAGGGCAAGGUCGGACGACCGAGGCGAUCGCGAGACUGAGAUGG